AUGCAGAAGGACUUUCAAGAUAUCCAGCAGCUAGACUCCGAGGAAAAUGAUCAUCAGCUCAGCGGCGAUGAGGAACAAGGUGCCCAUGGGCAGGACCCUAGGAUGGAAAAUCCAUUUUGGAAAGGGCAGCCUCCUUCCCCGUCCUCUCCACAGUGCCUCAGCUUCAGGCUCUACCUCAGUCUGCUUGCCCUGGCCUUCAACAUCCUGCUGCUGGUGGUCAUCUGUGUGAUUUCAUCCCAAAGCAUGCAGUUGCAAGAGGAGUUUCGGACCCUGAAAGAAAAUUUCAGCAACUUCUCCUCCAGCACCCUGAUGGAGUUCAGGGCUCUGGAUUCCCACGGAGGUAGCAGAGAUGACAAACUGACGUCCUGGAGAGCCACACUGGAGAAAAAGCAACAGGACCUGAGAGCAGAUCACUCCACGUUGCUCCUGCACCUGAAGCACUUCCCACUGGAUUUUCAGACCUUGACCUGUCAGCUGGCCUUCUUCCAGAGCAAUGGCACAGAAUGCUGCCCUGUUAACUGGGUGGAGCACGGGGGCAACUGCUACUGGUUUUCGAAGGAUGGACUGACCUGGGCUGAGGCUGCUGAGUACUGCCAGCUAGAGAGUGCCCACCUGCUGGUCAUCAACUCCUGGGAGGAGCAGAAAUUCGUUGUGAAGCACACAGGCUUGUUUCACACCUGGAUAGGUCUCACUGACAGGGACGGCUCCUGGAAAUGGGUGGACGGAACCGAAUAUAGAAGCAACUACAAGAAUUGGGCCUACACUCAGCCAGAUAACUGGCAGGGCCAUGAACAGGGCGGAAGUGAAGACUGUGCCGAAAUGUUGUCCGAUGGCUACUGGAAUGACAACUUCUGCCGCCAGGUGAACCGCUGGGCGUGUGAAAAGGGGCGCAAUAUCACCCACUAG